GAUAGCUGUUGGCCCGAAAGCCUUUCCAGUUUCACCAGGAUAUGUGGGCGAGCAAAGGCUCAGCCAAGAGGGAUGGGAUUUGCUAACAGCUGAACAAAGGAGACCUAACAACUCCAGAACAGCUGCUUCGCGGAUGAAUGUACUAUCGGAUCGGAAUCGCGAUCCACUAAGAAACAGCGGGCUGAUGGAUGGGUUAGGUUACACGUCUAACUCUUUGCCGAGUACGAUAAACAGGUUCCUUAAGCCAGUUCCUAGUGUUAGAAACAGUUCAACAUGCGUGGGUUGGUUUACCUACUUAUACUAAUAAAUACAAACGAUGACAUCUUAGAUCGAAUGCAAAAGGUAAUGAGCGGAGGGGCUGUCGUAAAAAGACUGAUGGACUGUGUGAAAUAGGAUAUACGAGAGAAGUGUGUAAUUGCAGAGAUAAAGUAUGAUAGAUCUGAGAGGAAAAAGAAGGCAUUUUGCACCGAUUCCAGAUGUGUAGUAAGCAUGUGACUCCGAUAGUGAGUUAUGGGCAAGAAGAAGAGUAGAAUCGAGUAAAAAUCAAUAGUGUUGAAUAUCGAUAUAAAAAUAAAUUCCUAGAAACUACAUUGUAACUUCACUAGUGUCAGUUGUUUAAUUGUUCAGUUGUCAAAAUGAUUUUUAAACCUUGAAUUUCAUGAAAUUUUCUCCACUCGAUAUGCACGUAGAUACUAUCAGUAUGAUUUUCACAUAGGAUUUUUUCUAAAACAUUUUGUACGAAAGGUGUGUGAAAUUUGAACGAUAUUUACUGUUAAACAAUAUCUGUUAAAAUAGUUGUUGAAUUUGAUCUUGCAAUUCAUUUCACAACAUCAUACAACCUAUGUUGUAACGCCGCAUACAAAUAUUGAUUGAAAUUUCAUUGAAAGUUCGAAACCAUGACUAGAGAAAUGAGUGCUAAAGAGAUACUUAAUGAUUUUAAAGAGAAUUAUAUUAAAUUCCGGAAGCUACUUGACGAAGACAGCAAGAAUGAUCCUGAAAAUGCACCAUAUUUUUCUAAGUACAAAGCUAAAGAAAUAUUGAAUAAUAUGUAUGUUUUUUUAAAGACCUUAAAGACUGAAGGUUCCCCUGUCGAUGAUACCAAACUCGAUGCUAUGAUCGGAUAUGUUUUGUUGAACAUUGGUAUAGUAGAAAUGGAUACAGAGGAACCUACUGCUAGUGAAAAGAGUCUCAAUGAAGCUGUUGAUCUCCUUCUGGAAAAUGCUCUAAAACCCGAAAUAGUUGUGACACUUAUUAAUGUCUACAACAAUAUUGGAAUCUUAUGGUCCAACAGAGAUGACCCUGAAAAAGCAAAAGCUUCAUUGGUUAAGGCAAAAACUUUGUAUGAGGACUUUAAGUGCACUCUACAGAUGCCAUUACCUAUAGAAGUCAUUAUAAAUUAUGUUGGGGAAACUUUAAUAGAUGAUUUUAUGUAUUUGGAAAAAUCUUAUACUUUGACCUUGUAUUAUUUAGCUCAGGUGUUUGGUGUGUUAAAGGAGAACUUGAAAUCAGCAAUAUAUUGUCAUGUAACAUUAAGGAGACAGCUGGAAUAUAAUGAUUAUGAACCUAUAGACUGGGCAUUGAAUUCAGCUACAUUGUCACAGUUCUUUGCUGAGCAAAAUGGGUUUUACCAGUCAAGGAAUCAUUUAGCAGCUGCAUCAACAAUCCUUGAUCAAUAUAAGCAACUGUUGGAGGCUGCAGUUGAUCAAGAUGAGGAAUACUUAGCAAAACUAGAGACUUUUAAACAUAGGUCUGCAGAUGUUGCUAGGUGCUGGGCCAAAUACUGUCUUUUAUUGAUGAUAGCUUCAAAAACUAGGCUACUGGAUGAUGAUGAAAAACUAUCAGAGUCUAUUACAGAUAUGUCAAACCUCAGCUUAGAAGACACUGAAAACAUUUGUGAAGGUAAUCUUAAGAAACUGACUUUUCCGAAUCUCGAUGUUACAAAAUAUGAAAGCAAAAUAGGAGAUAAGUACCUCCUGACUUAUGAAGAUGCUAGAGCAAUUUUUUUAAGUUGCCAAAACUGGUUGAACCAAGCCAAGGAAUAUUAUAAACUAGAAACGUUGGCUUCAGAUUAUAUAGAACUUAUUUUAGAUAGCUCUCAGGCAUACAAUAAUCUAGCAUUUUUUGAGGAUAAUGAUGAUCGUAGGGCUAAAAUGUUGAAGAGGCGAAUUGAUAUGCUUGAAAACUUAUUGAAUGAAAUAAAUCCUACAUAUUAUUUACAAUACUGUAGACAGAUUUGGUACGAACUCGGUGUUGUUUACACAGACAUUUUGAACAUAAAAAUAGAUAAAUGGCCCAAGAGCGAAGCGACAGUUCAAGCAAGAAAAAAAAUUGAUUUGCUAUGCAAUAAAAGUAUUGAAAGUUACACCAACUUUAUUAAUUCGAUAAACGAUAAAAAUGGAAAAGUACCUGCAAAAAUUGACCAGGAAUUAAUAAGACCUCUGAUAAAUGCUCUUGUUGCAGUCGGUAGGAACAGUAUGAAACGCAUGGCUGUAAAUAAAAUAAACCAAUUGUGCCAUGUUCAGAAAAGCCUUGAUUCAUACCAAACUGUUGUGGACAUCUGUGAUACACACGAAGAAGUUGCAGUGAUGUUCACUGAAGAGUAUAAGUUAUGCCAAGAAAUGUGUCAGAUUUUACCUUUAAAAAUCAAGAAGUUGCAAACCGAAAUUGCUGGAUAGAAGAAAUAGUUGAAACUAAAGAGUUUUAUGAAUUAUUGUAUGGUUAUUAAUAAGACUUGGUUUGCUUCAUAUUUAAAAUAUAAAAGUAAAAAUCAAUUUAUAUUCGCAAAAGUAAACAUUCAUUAUUUUAUUAAGUAAAUGUUUUAUGAUCUCGAUUACAUUACAUAUUAUUAACUAUGUAAUCAUACCUGGCCAGGCUUUUGUUUGGCUUUGUUUGAAAUUAAUAACUUCCAAAUUAAAUAGAUUUUGUCACAAUUAAA